AUGGAGCAAUCUUCUCCAGAAAGCUUAAGGAAAAAAGUGUCUUUAAGACCUACUAAAAAUCUAGAGAUUUUAACUGAGGACAAUUAAGAUUUUAUUUUCCCCUAAAACCAAUAAAACACCUCAACUUUGCAGGAUUAAUCUUCAAUAGACUUUUAAAAUUCGUCGAUAUUAAAUCAAACAAACAUGACAAACAACUCCAUUUGUAUGGGAUAGGAGGGAGUUACUAAUCCGAGUUGGGAAAUGUUUGAAAUAAUUAAAACAAUUGGAGAGGGUGCUUACGGCAGAGUAUUCAAGGUGAAAUGCUUAAAAAGUUCAAUAAUAAGUGGAGAGGCAAACGUUUUAACACCCACAAUGAGAAUGAGGAAGAAACUUACAAAAAAUAUGCUUGGCUAUAAUAUUAAUUCAUCGUUGGCUAAUUAGUAACAAACAAGACAGCUGUUUCAGGAUUAGCUAUAUGUCGUGAAAGAAAUUGAUACAGCAAAAUGGCCAAAAGAACUUGCUCUCGAGUAAAUGAUGGAAAUAGAACUUUUGGCUGAGUUGGACUCACUAUACAUCGUUGGUUAUUUAGAUGCUUUCAUCGAGGAUACUAAAAUCAACAUUAUAAUGGAGUAUUGUCACAAUGGUGAUCUGCAAACUUAUAUAAAGAAAUAAAACGGAAAGCUAUUUACAGAAAAUUUUGUUUGGAAAAUGUUUAUUCAGAUAUGCUUAGGAGUUCAUUACCUCCAUAAUAAAAAUGUUCUCCAUCGUGAUUUGAAAACUCUAAAUAUCUUACUUGGGAAGGAUAAAGAGGCAAAAAUCGGAGAUUUCGGAGCAGCACUUAAAAUAGAUCAAAACCAGGAUAAACAAGAAUCAUAAGAAGAAAAAUUCUAAUAACUUUAAAAGAUAGAAGAAGAGGACUUGAACGAUGAUUUCAUGUUGUUAAGCGGGGUUUGCAGAGAAGAUUCAAAAUCAAAGAGAAAGGUUGGAACUCCUUUUUAUUUAGCUCCAGAGCUUUGGGACGAUAAGGAAUGCACUAAAAAGUCAGAUAUCUGGUCUCUAGGAGUUAUAUUGUAUGAGCUCUGCACUCAUAAGUAUCCGUAUUUUGCGAACACGAUAGAGGAACUCUAAGCAAAGGUCAUUAAAGAAAAAUACAAUCCGAUCCCAAUGACAGUGAGUAAAUCAUUAUCAGAGAUAAUUUAGAAAUGUCUUAUUAAAAAACCUGAAACUAGGAUAUCUAUUGAUGAAAUCAUAUGUAUGGACAGUUUUCAGUCAAAAUGUAAAUUACUAAAGAUUAAGCUCCCUGCAGAGCUAAAUCUUGAAAGAAUCCAAUAGUAAUAGUAAAAAAAUUAAUAGUAAUCUUAUAAAAAUGCAGAUUAGAAUGGAGGUAUGAUGUUUAAUGAUAAAAGGCCAUCUGUGUAAUAAGUUGCAACAAGUGUAAAAAAUGCUGAUAAUAACAACUCAUUAAGGCCUAGUUAAAGCAGUGCUUUAAAUAGAAGAAAUACUCAGAAAAAUGAAUUGGUGAAUCCCAGAAAUUCCAAUCCAACUCCAAUGAAAAACUCAGAAAAAAGUCCAAUAUCCACUAAAAGAUUUAACGAAAACACUUCUUCUAUGAUUUUUGAGAAUGCCUUAGAACACUUUGGAAUGUAAGGAACUGAAGAUGAUAUAUAUGCUUCUCGAGAAAGUUUUAUAGCUCCAUCUUUUGGAGGAGAUACUCCAGAAAGAACUGAUCCCAAAUAAACUAGGCAUUCUAGAAAAAUUGGAGGAAUGGUGAAUCACAGUGUGCCAAUGUUUCAAUAAUUCAAGGACAAAAGUUAAAAAAUAUAAAGCGUAAGUGCAUCUCAAAACUCAAAUCAAAUGGCUAAAACAUCUCGAAGACAAUCACUUACUAGCGGAAAUAAAAGCACUCAGAAUUCAACCACAAACAACAAUAUUACUGUAAAUUAAUCAAACAACAAUAAUAGCAAUAGCAAUACUAAUAACAAUAUUAACGAGAGUAAUCAAUACAGCAAAAAGGAGCUUUAAACUUAGAAUCCUACUAUAAUUAAUCAUAGCACUGCAUAGAAUAAAAUUCAAGCAAAAAAUAACUAAUUGCUAUUGAAUAGCACUGUUAUGAAUGAAGUCUCUGUCGAAAAUCCUUUUCCAUUAGCGAUGGAUCUACCUGAAUAACUUAAAAUAGAUAAAGCUCCUUCAAACAUCACAAACAAUACUAAACCCAAGCCAUCAGCAAUGUUCGGUUUCAAUAACAAACGUCGAUCCCAUUCAAUUUUGAAAAAUGAUAUAUAAUCCCUGAAAUCUUAGAGAUAAAUCCUUAAAAAUAUUCACUCAGAAGAGAAUAACUUGUUUAAAGAGGAAGAUAUGAAAAUGAUCAGCAAUAUUAAAUAGCUGCAAAAUAAGAGAAAUCAAAAUAGUAGAGCAAUGAUUGCACAGUAAAAGAUAGUUCCUGACAACAUAAAUACUAGUGGUUCCUUUAACUAAAUGAAAACUGUCCCCACUCUUGAGACACCAAUAAAUCUGAGUACACCUGCAGUGCGAGUAAAGAAUAACAUAAAAACACCAAGUGUAGGAGGAAACGAGAAGAAAGGAUUGAACAAGAAUUAUAAUAACGAUUCUAGGACUAGUGGGAAAUUAAUCCCGAACAGCAAUUAUCAAUAAAAUUUAGGGAAUAUUCCUAUUAGCAAGCACUAUUAGCUGAAAAGAUAGACAAUCAUUCAUAAGAAUAACUCUACUGUGCUUUCGGAUAAGGAUAAAAAGCUCAAUGAGACUCGAGAAGAACAAAAGAAUAGCAAUUCAAAUAUAUUUAGCAAUAAUUUGCCAAGCAGUAAUGCAAAUGCGAGCACUAAUGCAGGAAGAAGGACUGUGAAAAACAUAAAGGAAAUAAGUUCGCUGAAUUUAAAUAAGUUAAAGGAGCAUAAUUCAUAAAACAGUUCUCAUCUCAACUCUGAGAGAGAUUUUAAACCAAAUGAUUAUUAUCAAGAUACUCAAACUGAAUCUUCAGCAAGGCAUAUCAGAUAACGAACAACCUAAAUCAACGCACCAACUCCUAAAGAAUUCACAGGCAACUAUACUUAAUAGCAUAGAAAUUCUACCAAGAAUGAUCGUAACGCUGAUAUUAACUCUUCUACGUAUCAAAAGCAUUAAAAAAGUGAGCAAGCUCCUAAGCUAGACUAAUUCGCAUCAAGAUUCAUGAAGAAAUUUAAAGAGGAACUCAAACUAGGGAAGAACAAAAGCUCAACAAUCAGCAGCAACCAUCAGACUUAGACGUUUAAAACUUCAGCUCUUGACAAGGGCGGGGUAGACUUGAGUUCGUAUUAGGUUGAUAAGAAUCUGCUAGAUUUGGAGGAGUCAACAGAUCAAAUAAUGAAGGAUCAGGAAUUAGAUGAUAUGCUACUGUUUGAGGAUAACGAAAACGAUGAGACCAUGCAGUACUUCGAGAGGGAAUCCUAUACAAACAGCCUUUUUGAUAACCUCGACAAGAUUUCCCUCUAGCCUAUGAAUGGAGGCAACAAUUCUCGCAGGCUUAGUAAGCUGACUAUGCCUUCAGACGGGUUUAGAAAUUUUAGAUCCGAAGCCGGGUCGAGACUUUUGUGA